AUGGGCAUGAGAGAUAGCGAUACCCUUCCCAGCCACCCCCGAAUUAAGAAAAGAAGGAUCGGUGAUGUAUCACAGCUAUGGGGUUGCCUGAUUCCUUGGAAUGUAGCUGAUCCUCAUAUACCUAGCGUUGAGCUCUUCAAAGCGAAACGAAAGUACAUCAUAGGGAGCUCUCCUCAAAGCGAUGUCUAUAUUCCAGAUGCAGACAUAGACGAGACGCACUGUGUUAUAGAAUGGGACGGAUGCGAGGCCAAUGUGCAUUAUGCGGUCAUGGUGACGUCCUUUUCUGCAACAGGCAUCUUUAUCAAUGGCAAAGCGGUCUGUGAAGGAGGCAACAGAUGCGCGGUCUUACGAGACGGCAGCGAGAUACAGUUCGGGUCGAAGGUUGGGGGUCCUCGUUACAUUUACCGACAGGUCGACAAUUUCGCGGACCCUCUGCGCGGACUUCACAAACACUAUGAAUUGUUCAACGUCGUUGGACAGGGCUCCUUCUCCACGGUAGUCAAAGUCCUGCAUAAACAGCAGGGGAAAUGGUAUGCCAUGAAGAUGAUUCCCGUCCACAGUCUCCAGCGAGGCCUGGCAGAGGGGGAGGUUGGCGUCAGGACGACGCGCUCCAAUAUCGUCUUACGCGAAGUGGAGAUCCUCGAACAGUUGCACCAUCCGAACAUCUGUCAGCUGAAGGAAGUGUUUCUGGAAUGCGGGCGGCUGAAUCUUGUCCUCGAACUCGUAGAAAACGGCAGCCUAGCUGCGUAUCUAGACGAAGUGGGCGUGAUGUUUGAGCAUCAAGCUAAGGCUAUCACGUACCAAAUAUGUGAUGCUCUCGCCUACAUGCACAAGCUUGGUGUCGUUCACCGUGACCUGAAACCGGAGAACCUGCUCCUUGCAAGUCGAUUUCCUUUGAAGAUCAAGGUCUCGGACUUCGGUCUGGCCAAGCACAUUGACACGCUACGGAAUCUACGCACGGCGUGUGGCACCCGCGCGUAUGCUGCUCCGGAAGUGAUAGAUCCCGGCUCAAGAGGUCAUUACGACGAAAAGGUCGAUAGCUGGAGCAUCGGCGUUGUCGUCUUCAAGAUGCUCACUUCAUGUUUCCCCUUCAGCGAGAGAUACCUCAAUGGGGAUUUCAGAAAGAAGAUGACGAGACGUGAUGCUCAGGUCAGCUGGCUUUUGUUGCCAGACUAUAACGUGACCGACGUCGGGCAGAAAUUCAUACGCGUCCUUCUAGAGUAUGAGCCAAGAAAACGCAUGGCCCUCACGGAGGCCCUCGAGCACUCUUGGCUUGCAGGACAAACACCUGCCUCAGAUCCGCCUGAGCGCGAAGACUACUUGCGCUCCUCGCGAUCCCUCGUUCCUGCACCCUUGGAAUGUCGGCGCGUUACACCAGACGCCGUCGGACAUAAGACGAAGGCGACGAAGAUGGGUAUUCAGCGGAAAGCACCCAUCGUAACGGAAGACAAGGACUCUACAAAUGACCUCAUCAACUCUAUGUCGUCCAUGUCCAUCAGCGACCUACCCAUAGCCUCCCGCACGCGUGGAAAGCAGAAAGCGGCGGUCGUACCCAUUGCCUCGUCCGAAUCGGUGCCUGGAUUGGGCCAAUUGCGGCGGUCGACUCGUAUUGCAGGGUUGCGGGCGAGGGAGGCUAGUAGGAACGGAUGA